AUGUGUGAAUCGAUUGUAACUAAUACAGAUUUUUCUCCGAAUGAAUUGAAACGGGAGCCCAUCGCAAUAUCACGAUCCGAGAGUACGGACUCAUUGAACAGUCUGGCUUCCACUAGAAGCUCCUCAAGCAGUAGGCUAAAGACAUUUUUUUGUGACUAUGACGGCUGUGAUAAGGCAUUCACAAGGCCAUCGAUUUUGACUGAGCACCAGUUAAGUGUACAUCAAGGUUUAAGACCAUUUCAGUGCGAUAAGUGUCCAAAAUCGUUUGUUAAAAAGAGUCAUCUUGAGAGACACCUGUAUUCGCAUUCUGAUACGAAGCCAUUCCAGUGCUCCUAUUGUGGCAAAGGAGUGACCACUCGUCAGCAACUGAAGCGCCAUGAAGUGACACACACCAAAUCAUUUGUUUGUCCUGAAAAAGGAUGUGAUCUUCGAUUUUAUAAGCAUCCACAAUUAAGGGCACAUAUUUUAUCUGUUCAUCUACACAAGUUGGCAUGUCCACAUUGUAAUAAGAGUUUCCAGAGGCCUUACAGGCUACAAAAUCACAUUUCCAAACACCACGACCCUGAAGUGGAAAAUCCUUAUCAAUGUACUUUUGCUGGCUGCUGUAAAGAGUUUCGCAUAUGGUCGCAAUUACAAUCGCAUAUCAAAAAUGACCAUCCUAAAUUGAAAUGUCCCAUUUGUAACAAGCCUUGCGUGGGGGAGAAUGGUCUACAAAUGCAUAUGAUUAUUCAUGACGACUCGCUAGUAACCAAAAAUUGGAAAUGCCACAUUUGUUCUGACAUAUCUUUUCCUAGAAAGCACGAUCUUCUUACACAUUAUCAGUCCGUACAUAAAGAAGUGGAUGUCCCCUUGGAACUAAAAUAUAAGAUUUCUGAUAUUCAACAACUGGUUCAACACCAAGGAAUUCAGUUGGAAAACGAAGAAAACUUUCCUGAACAGGAUGAUGGUAGAAUUUCCAAUAGGUUGAGGAAAAGAAGAAAGCUUGCCGAAAAUAAUAACUUGCAGUUUUUACAGAAUGAAAUGAACCUAGAAAAGCAGCUCGAAUCUGGGGAAGAUGGAUUGAAUCUUUUACUAAAUACUGUCGGAAGGAAACACAGAUGCUUUUACAGUAAUUGUUACAGAACUUUCAAGACAAAAGAAAAGUAUGAUAAACAUAUAGAUAAACAUAAAAUACAUGAAUUAAAAAUGAAAAUACUACUAGAAAAGGAACAAAUGAAGUCAUAG